AUGAACGCGGACAGGUUGCUCAGAACUGAGGCUUUGUUCUGGAUGUCGGACAUAGAUAACGUGACUGAUGGCCAGCCCCGUGACCUGGUUCUGCAACCCGUUUGGGACUACCUCCAUCAGAACCACCAUGACUUGCUGAGGAGCCCUCUCUUCCCUGUGGUCCUCUCAGUCACCACCUACUUCCUUCUGGUUGGUGUUUACACCACACUGGACCUGCUGGCUCCCACCUGGCCUCGCAUAAACCAUUACCGGCUGCAUCCAGACAAACCCGUCACCUGGCCGAACAUCUGGAACACCCUGGGUGUCACUAUCUACAACCACCUGUUUUUCAUCUUUCCUGCUGCCGUUGCUCAGUGGCUGUGGAGGCCGCCGACCCCUCUGCCCCCUGAAGCACCCACCCUCUGGAGCUUCUUCCUGGGCAUCCUGGGCUGCAUGGUUGUCUUUGACUUUCAGUACUACCUGUGGCACCUGCUGCACCACCGGGUUCCCUGGCUGUACCGCACCUUCCACGCCGUGCACCACCAGUACAACCAGCCUUUUAGCCUGGUCACCCAGCACUUGUCAGGCUGGGAGCUGUUCUGCGUGGGAUUUUGGGCCACAGUGGACCCCAUCCUGCUACAAUGCCACAGCCUCACAACGUGGGGCUUCAUGGUCUUCAAUGUGUACGUUUCUACUGAGGACCACUGUGGCUAUGACUUCCCAUGGGCCACGCACAAACUAGUGCCCUUUGGCCUUUGGGGUGGUGCCCCUAAGCACGAUGCUCACCACCAGCGUCCUGGGACUAACUUUGCCCCGUUCUUCUCUCACUGGGACCAGCUGGGAGGAACCCACACCGUACCAACUCCCACCAGCCACGAAUCAGACGAACCAGAGGAGAAAGAGGAGACUGAAGACUGA